AUGCUUCCAACGCUGCUCGAUGUGCAGGCCAGCGUAGGCUUGGCCCUCGUUUCGCAUCUCUUCUACGCAAACUACGAGCCGAGCGCGCCCACAGUCCUCGCCGUCUACCUUGUCGGCUCUCUCUCCUAUCUCUUCCUCGCAGCGACCUCCCAUCCAUCCUCUUCGCCCUUCGACUGGAUCGUCUCACUUGCCGUGCUCCAGACGGCCUACACAGCGUCGCUGCUGUCAAGCAUUGCCGCCUAUCGCCUCUUCUUCCACCGCUUGCGCUCCUUCAAGGGCCCUUCGUCGCUGGCGCUGUCCAAGUGGGCCUGGGUGCCCACCGACUUGGCGGGCCAGCGACCGGCCAAGGUUACUUCGCUCCAUGCGACCUACGGCGACGUUGUGCGCGUCGGACCCCGCGAGCUGUCAAUCAACGAUGUAGGCGCCAUCAACCAGAUCCUCGGUGGGCAGAGCGCCUGCCGCAAGGGCCCCUGGUACACGGCUGCCCACGGCGGCAAGGGCCCCCGCAGCCUCAGUCUCCACGUCACCAUCGACACCGGCGACCACCGGAGCAGGCGGCGCAUCUGGGACGCCGGCUUCAGCGUUGCGGCACUGCGCUCGUACGAGGCACAGCUGCGACAGACGACGCGCAAGCUCCUCACCCAGCUCGACGCCCGGACGGGGGGCGAGGUGGCGAUGGACCAGUGGUGCCAAUUCUACGCCUUUGAUGUCAUGUCCGAGCUCGGCUUCAGUCGCUCGUUUGAUCUCAUAGGAAAGGGGUCGUUCAGCAAGCCCAUUGAGCUCCUCGAGGGCGCCAUGCAGGCCAUCAUGGUCCUCGGCGCCGUGCCCUAUCUCUCGGCCGUGGCCCGCGUGGCGCCCAAUCCGAUCAAGGACUUUGAGGACUUCACCGAGGAAGCUCUGCGCGAGCGUGUCGGCCGCUCUGCCGAGAAGAAGCGCGGCGACGACGACCGUGCCGACAUCUUUACGCACCUGCUGGGCGAGGACAAGGCGACGGGAUGGAAGCACACUUGGAAUGAGCUCAAUGCCGACGCCGGCCUCGUCGUCGUCGCCGGCAGCGACACCACGUCGUCGGUUCUGGCCAUGGUCAUCUUCCACCUAGUCAAGCACCCCGACGUCCUGGAAAGGGUUCGCAAGGAGCUUCACGACGUCUUUGGACACGACUAUGAAGAGGAAGAACACGAUCUGGAUUUUGACAAGCUGGCCAAGGAAUGCGUCUGGCUCAAUGCCGUUCUCAACGAGACGAUGCGCCUCUACCCGCCCGUGGCGUCGGGCUUGCAGCGCGAGUCACCCUCGGGCGCCUCCUCAAGCCUGGUUCUCAACCUCAAGCACUCGGCCUCGACGGUCGUCGUCCCACCCGCGACGAUCUUGUCGGUGCCCACGACGGCGCUGCACCACGACCCGCGCAACUUUUCCCCGAGCCCCGACGCCUUCCGGCCCGAGCGCUUCGUGGACCCGUCCAAGGAGGAGCGCUUCGAGGCGGCAGCCUUCAUGCCCUUUGGCUACGGACCGACGGGCUGCGUGGGCAAGAAGCUGGCCUGGAUGGAGAUGCGGCUGAUGCUCGCCAACUUCAUUGGCCGCUUCGAUGCAAACUUCGCCCCGGGCUUCGACCCUGAAAAAUACGUGCGAGAGUGCAUCAAGGACACAUUCACCAUGACGAGGACCGCGCCGAUCAGGAUGGUCCUGAGCAGGCGGGCACGGUAG